UUUCACGAAGAUUUGACGAAGCCUUCUACACUUGAUUUCAAGAGUGAGCAGGAUAAGAAGGAGGAAAGAGCGGAGAAGAAGGAGGAGGAAAAGGAAUAGAAGAUGGUUAAGGAGAAGGAGAAAGAGAAGAAGAGGACGGCGGAGAAGGAGAAAUGGAAAGAGGCGAAGGAUGAGAAGGAGGAAAAAGAAAAGGAAAAAGAAGAGAAACGGGCGGAGAAAAAGAAAGAGAAGAAGCAGAAGGGAUAAAAGGAGACAAAGGAACAAGAGGAAGAGAAAGAGGGAAAACAAAAGGAGGAGGAGAAAGGGAGGAAGCCGAAGGAGGGGGAGAAGAAAUAGAAAGAGGCGGAAGAGGAGGAGGAAAAAAAAUAGAAGGAAGCGAAGAAGGAGGAGGAAGAAAAGAAGAAGGCGGAGAAGGAAUAGAAAGAGGCAAAGGAUGAGGAGGAGAAAGAGAAGGCAAAAGAAAAAGAGGAGAAAGGAGAGGGGGAGAAAGAGUAGGAGAAAGAAAAAGAAAGGGAAUAGAAACGGGCGGAGAAGGAGAAAGAGAAAAUGAAUAAGGAGACGAAGGAUCAAAAGAAUGAGAAAGAGAAGGAGGAGAAAAAAGGAGGAGAGAGAGAGAGAAAGGCGAAGGAAUAUAAGGAGGCGGAGUAGGAGGAAACAAAUAGAAGGUGGCAGUGAAAGAGGAGAAAAAGGAAUAGAAAGAUUCAAAU